AUAUUUGUUCAAAUAAUAUAAAGAUGACAAAUUGGACCCAAUACGUAAUUUUCAAGAUAGUUUUGGGGGUUAAAUAAGACUAAACGGAUUUUCAUAGAGUUAACUGAAAAUUUAUAAAACCACCAUGCUUUCUCAUAAUUAUAACACACAACUGAAACCAGUGAAGGCUCCAGCAACCUAGGCGAAGCUCAAAGGUGAAUUUGCUGUUACGCGUCAUGGAUAGUUCAAUGAAAGAGUAUGCUGCUUUUGAAGAGAAAGUGAAGCGCACUAUAUUCAUUGACAACCUUUCACCUGUGGCUACUGAAGCCGUCAUUAAAGCUGCAAUUGAUCAAUUUGGGAAUGUCAUUCAGGUCAAGUUUAUCCCGAACUACCUUGAACCAAAGAACAUUGGACAAUCUGCAUUGGUUGAGCUGGAAAAUGCAGCCCAGGCAAAAACUAUAAUCUCCGAGAUAAGCAGUUCGUCAUUUAUGAUAUGUGGUAUGCCAAGGCCUGUCAGGGCACGUGCUGCUGAACCAGAGAUGUUUGAUGACCGUCCUAUAAAACCUGGUAGGAAGAUAGUAUGUCGAUGGUUGGACUCCAACGAUCCUGAUUUUGAGGUCGCCAAGAAGAUCAAGCUUAUGGUUCGUAAACAUGCAGAAGAAACCAAGUUUUGCCUCAAGCAUCAACUAGAGGAGGAAGAAAACCUUGCGAAACAACAGACAGAGAUCUUGAACGCGGCUCAUAAGAAGUAUGAACUCAUAGACAGUGUUGUUGGCAGCAGAGUCGCCGAUCGUUUGGCAGAUAUUUACAGAGUGAAUAUUCCAAAAGCUGAACAUCAGUAAACUCGUCCGUCCAACGCGUUGCACCAGAAUCUGACGUAGACCUAGAGAUUUUUGCUUCCUGGCGAUCGAUUGACAUGUUUUGGUUUUAGUGAAGGCAGUAGAAAGCUCACUCUAUAAAAGCUUGUGGAGUAUUUGGUUGAUCUUGAAUUGUAAUUGUUGCCCAAAUGUAUAUACUCUAAUAUAUGUGUCAAGUGAACCUGCAGGAGAUAAGUGUAUUUCUACUAUAUAUUAUGGUUUGUGAAAGCCAAUGCAUGUAUUUUCUUCA